CUUGCCGUAGUUUAAAUCCUCGCGACCUCUGACUUCGACUAAACUUCUCUACUUCCUGCUCGCUCUUCGGCUCUUCAAGGCUGAAAGGCGAUGAUUUUGAAUCGAAAGGAGGAUAUUUCGACUAAUUUGGAUUGAAUUUGAGAACAAGAUGAGUUGGAUUCCUUUCAAAAUAGGACAACCAAAGAAACAAAUUGUUUCAAAAACAGUUGAAAGAGACUUUGAGAGGGAAUAUGAGAAGCUCCAAAAGUUGGAAGAGCAGACAAAGAAGCUUCAUAAAGACACGAAGAAAAGCACAGAGGCUGAUUUAGCCAUGUCUAAAGCAGCAGUGAAGAUCUCAGGGGACUUGUUAAGUAAUCCACUAUGUGAGCAGGAUCAGGAAUUCUUGGAUUCUAUGACCGCUCUCGAUACAGCCAUGAAGAGAAUGGAUGCUUUCAAUCAGGAGAAGGUCAAUCAGAUUCAGAAGACAGUGAUCGACCCUUUGAAAAAGUACAGCAGUGUGUUUCCAAGUUUGAACAUGGCAGUGAAACGCAGGGAACAGGCUCUUCAAGACUACAAGAGGCUCCAGUCUAAAGUGGAGAAAUAUGAAGAAAAAGAAAAGACGGGGCCUGUUAUGGUCAAACUCCAUCAGGCCAGAGAAGAACUGAAGCCUGUCAGGGAAGACUUUGAAGCCAAGAACAAGCAGCUUUUGGAUGAGAUGCCCAAAUUCUACAACAGUCGCAUCGACUACUUUCAGCCCAGCUUUGAGGCAUUGAUACGAGCUCAGGUGGCCUAUUUCACAGAGAUGCACAACAUCUUCACAGAGCUGACCGAUCGGAUUGACCAGGGCGGACUGACAGAUGAAGAAAGAAAACAAGAGAACGAGUCCAAGCUGAAUGAGUUGCGUGCUCUGUCCAUCGUGGCCGAUGACUGAUAUGAAAAACAAUCUGUUCCUCCUGAUACAAACAUAUACAGUAUGUGUCUUCAUAUAGACGUUGAAUGAGGUCGAGCAUGGGUGGAUUUUAUUGCGUAUUUAUUUUUUCUGUCUGUAUGUUUUUCUUUAAUAUAGAAGUCUGUUUUUAAUAUCUUGUUGAUGUAGAUGAAGGAACACUAAAGAUACCGUUUUUAUUUACAAUGGAUAAGCCAGAUAUUUUUAUGCAGGUCUUACAUAAAAUGUCUGUUGUGUUGGCUUUAAUUUUAGUUAACAUUUAAGAAACUAAGGCCUGGUUUCACAGACAAGGCUUAGCUUAAGCCAAGAUUUUUAAGUCACUUUUAUAAAAAUGCCUUAGAAAUGAACAUUACUGGUGUGCGUCUUAAGAAAAAACAAUGACACAUUUUAAGAUCUAUAUCAAAAUAUUUUUAGCCCAAACAACAUUCAUUUUAGUCUAGGACCAGCCUUAAGCCUCAUUUGUGAAACUGGGCAUUAACCUCAUAAAUUUGUUAUAUCAUCUCACCCUUUUUAUCCAAUAAAUAUCAAAUAUUUAAAUCUGACAAUUUAAACCGUUAAAAACAUUUUGCAGCUGCAUAUUGAUUUCAGUUUUGGUUUUUACACUACACAAGAUCUCAUUUCUCCUUUUAAUGUCUUUCCAAAAUGUGUAACACUGGAUUCUUGCAAAUAUUUUUAUACAAUGAGCUUUUAGGAGCGUACUGUGAUGUGGUAAACAUGUCAUAUAGAUGAACACACCGGUGAAUAUUUUGUUAAAAAUACCAGAGAAGUUAUAUUUCUGUUAUAAUUGAGUUUCUUGAUAGAUAGUACUGUACAUUAAGGAGACCAACAAUGUUGACGUAUCAUGUGAAUGAAGGGCAAUCGUUUGAGUUAUACUCUGGCUCCCUCUACUGACAAGUGAAAUGUCAUUUUGAUUUGGAUUUUUCUUUUAUGAAUGGAAAGUAAUGAAGAAAAGAUCUAUUUAAUUUUAGUUUAGCAGCCAUAAUACACAAUGUACUGUUAUAAAGUUUCUAGUUACUUAAAGGGAUAGUUCACCCAAAAAAAACAAAAUUUCUGAUGAACAAAAAGAAGAAUUGAAACUAUCAACUCGGUGCUUACCAUCAUUUAUCAAAAUAUCAUUUAAGCACAGAUUUGAUGCUUCCCAUUGAAUUCCAUAGGAUUUGUUUUUCCCACUUUGAAGCUCAAUGAUUUCCACCGUCUGUGUGCUUAUCAUCAUUUAUCAAAAUAUUUUAUUUUGUUUUCAUCAAUUCAUACAGGUUUCGAACAACAUAAGGGUGAGAAAAUUAAGUUUUGUGUGAACUAUCCCUUUAAGGACCCACACAUUUUAAUCUGUUUGUUUCAAUGUUACAUAAAGUGAUCUGUAAAAGUACUGACAAAGUAUUAUUCAACUGGAAGAAGCUUAACUGUGUGCAAGAUUGUUGGUUAUUAAUUUUUGGCAUUAAAUUAGAUACGUUAAAAAGUGCCUUUGCUGGUAUGUUACUGCUACAAGGUCAUGGGUUGGAUUCCCAGCCAACAAACUCUGAAAAUGUAUACGUUCAAUGCUUUGUCAAUUGAUUUCUGAUUAAAUUGCGAGUGUGCAUGUACAUGUUUUUUUUUUACUGCAUUCAGACUUUGUCUCUUGUUUUUACUCACAGCUGUUUUAACAAAUGUGUGUUUUUAUUACUGAAGUGUUUUGUUCUUUUUCGUUUGGUGAUAGGCUUGUUUUCAUAAAUAAAGCUUUGUCAACUGAA